CAUCUGCCCCCCUCCUUCGCUGCUGCUUUCAUCCCCCCCCCCCACACUCACGUCAUCAUGGUCAAGAUCGGUAUCAACGGCUUCGGUCGCAUCGGCCGCAUGGUCCUCCGCGCCUCCCUCAACCGCAAGGACAUCGAGAUCGUCGCCAUCAACGACCCCUUCAUCGACCUCGACUACCUGGUCUACCUCACCAAGUACGACUCCACCCACGGCAUCUUCAAGGGCGACAUCUCCCACGACGGCUCGGACCUGAUCGUCAACGGCAAGCACAUCCGCUUCCACUCGUGCCGCUCGCCCGCCGAGAUCCCCUGGGGCGCCACCGGCACCCAGAUCGUCGUCGAGGCCACCGGUGUCUUCCUGGACAAGGCCUCCGCCGGGGCCCACCUGACUGGCACCGUCAAGAAUGUCAUCGUCACCGCCCCGCCCAAGGACGACAUCCCCAUGUUCGUCAUGGGCUGCAAUGAGGACACCUAUGACAAGGCCACCAUGCCCAUCGUCUCCAAUGCCUCCUGCACCACCAACUGCCUGGCCCCCCUGGCCAAGGUGAUCAACGACAAGUUCGGCAUCGUCGAGGGCCUCAUGACCACCGUCCACGCCGUCACCGCCACCCAGAAGACCGUCGAUGGCCCCUCCGGCAAGGACUGGCGCUCCGGCCGUGGCGCCGGCCAGAACAUCAUCCCCGCGUCGACCGGUGCCGCCCGCGCCGUCGGCAAGGUCCUCCCCGUCCUGGCUGGCAAGCUCACCGGCAUGUCCUUCCGUGUGCCCACCCCCAACGUGUCGGUCGUCGAUCUGACCGUCCGCCUGGCCACCCCGGCCUCCUACGAGGACAUCAAGAAGGCCCUCCUUGAGGCUUCCCAGAACGAGCUCAAGGGCAUCCUCGGCUACACCGAGGACGCCGUGGUCUCCAACGACUUCGUCGGCGACUCCCGCUCGUCCAUCUUCGAUGCCUCCGCCGGUAUCUCCCUCAACGACAACUUCGUCAAGCUCGUCGCCUGGUAUGACAACGAGUUCGGCUACUCCAGCCGUGUCCUCGACCUGGCGGCCCACAUCUCCAAGUAAAUGCCCGCCCAGGCAGGGGCGUCGUCCCCUCGUUCGGUUCCUCCCUCUCCCGCCGUUGGAUAGGGGGGGGAGCGUCCGGCGUCGCGCACAUGUGGCGCCUGAUCGCCAUGAAGCCCCAAGGGAAAAGCACCCCAAAAGGGGGGAGCAGGGAGAGGGGAGGCGGCGUGCAGUCAACACGCCGGCCCCUCUCCUCCUGCCGCGCCCCCUGCGCGCCGUGCGCUGUGCAAAGUUUGUCUCCCUGGCGGCGGCAGGCGGCGCACACACACGCCCACACGACCAUUUUUUUACCCCCCUCUUCCUCAGAA